AUGUCUCCACACCGCCAUCUCAGGGCGGUCCCCGUGGGAGAGGCCGAGGCAGCCGCCGCAGCUGCUGAUGAGCCUGCUAUGCCCGCUGGGCCUCCUGAAGGUAGUAAGAGUCAACCCAAACCUCUGAUAAACCUCCUUGAGCCACAUAUUGGAAACGGCUACAGACCUCUGAUGCAGCACUGCAACAUGAAGCUCAUCUAUCCUUCUCCCAGGAGGAGGGUGGCGCUGUGCCUGAUGCCAGGGAGGCCUGUGCCAGGUGGAUGGCCGGUGUGCCAGGCACUCCUGGUCCAGAUGGAGUACCUGGCAGAGGCGGGGAAGAUGGGUGUGCCGGGGGAGAGAGGGGAGCCAAGUGAACCAGGGGAGCAGGGGCUGGCAGGUCUCCGGGGCUUCCCAGGCCUACCAGGGCUGCAGGGUGACACGGGGGCGAGCUCCUUCGCCUACCGUUCAGCCUUCAGUGUGGGCCUGACUCAGCCGUCCACCUCCAUCAACACCCCGCUCCACUUCGAUAAGACAUUCUACAAUGAGCAGCAUCAUUACGACGACCUCUCCGGAAAGUUCCGCUGCAGGAUCCCAGGGAUAUACUACUUUGCCUAUCACCUGACCGUCCAGGGCAACGAGGCUCGCAUAGCACUCUAUCAGAAUAGCCGGCUACUGAGCCUCACUAAGGACCAGUUCCAGCAUGGCGACCUCGACCAGGCCUCAGGCGGGACUGUCUUGAGGCUGCAGUCUGAGGAUGAGGUGUGGUUAGAGCUCUACGGCUAUGGGGAGGCUAAGAGGGGCGCAGGGGUGUACAGCGACAUUUAUACUGACUCCACAUUCUCUGGUUUCCUCCUGCAUCCCACAAUUGAAACUAACCAACCCCCUUUACUCAGCAUAGGGCAUGAAAGCCAGUUGUUUGAAUGACAGUUUGCUGGCCUCUUGUGGCAAAACAUUUUUUUUUUCCUUGUUCAAACUGUUGCAUUAUUAAUUGUUGGUUCGAGCUCGCGCCAGUGUUUGUUGGCCUGAGGAUGUGACUCUCUGUUCCGUUUCCCAACUGAGAUCUGUAGUUGACCGACUGGAAGUGUGUGUCCCUUGAGCCAACUGGCCUUCUCUCAGUGACAGCUGGGGAGAGGCUUAAUACUGCCACCACAUGAGAUACUUUAAUUUCAUUAGCCAAGGUCAUGCAGAAAGCUGUUUGUCAUACCCAGAUGCCAUUGGCACCUAUAUGGUCAAUCAGUGGUUAUACAAGCCAGUGUUUUAGUAUUCUAAAUGAUUAACUUUAUUGUUUUUUUUUUUAUAUAUUCAUCCACAGUUUAUAAACCACAAACUUUAUUCUGCUCUUGGCUCUGCUGUUCUGCUUAUAAUCAUAAUUCUCAUCAUGUUGUUCAUCAGACUGUUUCACUAAUACCAGAAUGCCUUUGUAAAUUGUGCUUUUGUCGAGGCAAUUAAAGUGUUUAUGUAAGCGGUCUGAUAAACAAUAUAGUAUUAGAGAGUAUUAUUUAAUAUUGUUGUAUGAGACCACCAUUUCAUUAGUUUUCUUAUUAAACUUUUCAUUUGAUGUAUAAGGAACUCACUGACUCAAGUGAUGGGAAAGUUUUUUCAAAGCUGUUUUAUUUUGACAUAACAUUCAAAUAAAAAAAGUCACUGUAAAAACAAA